UGAACGUAGUUGCCGUGAGUGUCGGUGUGGUUUUCUCUCCUCGUUCGGCUCAUACAUUUUUUCAUUGCGUGCUGUGUAUACAGCGUACUUACACGUACGAACGCCACGAUAUCGACGAGAGUCAUACAGCGGCAACUCUCGUCGACCAUCGUCCAUCGGCGUGGCUGUUCAUCUAGGCAAGAAGGAAAAUAUAUACGUUGGAUCAAAGGAAAGAAAGGAUUCUAUCCGAGUCCGUGCGCGAGAGGAAGAAAGGAAGGCGCGUGCGUGGGUGGAUCACCUUUACCGGAGGAGAGCAGUGUCGAGUCGUCGCGCGUACGUGUGUGUGCGUGUGCCUAUAGUGUAUAUUACCUGGCAAGAGUGUGAGUGCGUGCAGCCGCAGGAGAGAGAAGGUAAAUGAAAUCUCGCGCGAGCGGAGAGGUGAGAAAGAAGUAAGAAAGGGAGAAACGACGACGACGGAGACGACGAUGCUUGAGAGAGGAGUCAGCAGUAGUGUGUAAAAGCGCUCGUUAACCACACGAGAAAUACGUGAUAUACAACGCUGGAAUAAUGUUGACGUCGAGGGUUUCACUGUUGUGGCUGCUGCUCAGUUUCUCGGCGCUUACACGAGGGUUCAACCUCGAGCCGAGGAUACCUGUUAUAAAGAGGGGAGCGAGUGGUAGCUACUUCGGCUUCUCCAUUGCCGAACACCAAGAGGACCGCGGAGAUGAGAACCCAAAAUACGUUAGCUGGAUGCUGGUGGGCGCGCCGCUGGAUCAGAACCGCCAGCCGGGCACCAAUCAUUCGGGCGCCUUGUGGAUGUGCCCGAUGACGAGCGACGAGCACGACUGCGAGCAGCUUAUCACCGACGGCCGCUUCAGCGAGAGCAGUCAGUACGAGUCAACCAUGGACAACGACACGCUGACGAAGCCGAGCAGCAACGAGAUCGUGGACGGCCAGUGGCUGGGCGUAACGGUGCGCAGCGCCGGAGUCGGCGGCAAAGUCAUGGUCUGCGCCCACCGCUACAUCGUCAAGAACAAGGACUCGCAGUGGGGCCAGGGCCAGUGCUACAUCUUCAGCCAAGACCUCAAGUUCCAGGAGAUGAAGAAGCCCUGCUCGGGCAAGCCGACCGCGAGGGCGCACGAGCAGUACGGCUACUGCCAGGCGGGCACCUCUGGGGCGCUCGAGCCGUCGGGCGACUACGCGCUCAUCGGCACGCCGGGCCCGCACACCUGGCGCGGCACGCUCUACGUCACCAGCGUCUCCGACGCCUUCUUCUCCAAGGACACCGUGGUCUACAGCUCGCCCAUGCAGGACGAGUCGCCCGUCUCCAAGUACAGCUAUCUCGGCAUGUCCGUGACGGUGGGCGACUUCUUCAAGAGCGGCAUGGCGUACGGCGCCGGCGCGCCGCGCUCCAACGGCACCGGCCAGGUCAUCCUGUUCGCCCGGCACCUGCAGAGGCCCGAGAUGGAGGUGAAGCUGGUCCUCAACGGCGAGCAGUUCGCCUCGAGCUUUGGCUACGAGCUGGCGUCCGCCGACGUGAACGGCGACAGGCAGGCCGACCUGAUCGUGGCCGCGCCCUUCUACUACGGCAGACAGGAGGGCGGCGCGGUCUACGUGUACACGAAGCUGUGCGAGAACCCGCGCGACGCCGCCCACUGCAACAGACCGACCAAGCUCGUCGGUCGCGAGGAAUCGAGAUUCGGCUUCGCCCUGACCAACCUCAGGGACAUCAACAACGACGGCUACGAGGACGUGGCCAUCGGCGCGCCCUACGAGGGCAUGGGCGCGGUCUACAUCUAUCUGGGCUCGAAGAGCGGCCUCAUAAGCACGCCGUCGCAGGUCGUGCACUCGGAGAGCACACCGCAGCCGUUGAGGACCUUCGGCUACUCGCUGAGCGGCGGCAUCGACAUGGACCUCAACGGCUAUCCCGAUCUGAUGGUGGGCGCGUACGAGGACGACGCGGUCGCUUUGCUGCGAGCCAGAAGGAUCAUCGACAUCGUCACCUUCGUCAGGUUCCCCAGGAAAGGCGGCGGUUAUCAGGAUAAAAACGAGCCGAUCGAUCCGAAUCGCGCCGGCUGUCCCGAGGAUCCCAAUUCCAACCACACAUGUUUCGCUUUCGAAGCCUGCUGCAAGGUAGCCAACAACGUCAAGGAGGAUCACAUAAGGUCGCUGCGACUGGCGUCGUACGUCGAGGCCGAGACUUAUUCCGGCAAUAAGAAGUUCUCGCGAGUGUGGUUCGCCAGCGGGAACAAUCGGCCGCACUUCGUCAGCAGCAUCGCCACCCUGGACGCGCGAAGUCCGAUGCAUUGCCAAAGAGAGAUUCUUUAUUUGAAAGAAAACACGCACGACAUUCAGUCGCCAAUCAAGUUCCGGCUGAAUUACACCUUGAUUCAGGACGAGCCAAAAAUGCCAGUCAAAGGUGCGCCGCUGCCGGACAUCAACAAUUAUCCGAUUUUAAAUCAACAAGAGGCUGCUCGUAUCUUCGAGGCUGCCUUCCAAAAGGACUGUGGAAGCAAUGACGUUUGUGAAAGCGAUUUGAGAUUAUCAGCUAAGUUAAACUUACAACCCUCGCCGACACAAAGGAACUACUACGAGUUGCUCCUGGGAGAAAGCGAGGAGUUGGCGGUAGAUUUGAACGUAACUAACGUGGGUGAAUCCGCCUACGAAGCGCAAUUAUACCUCUUCCAUUCACCUAGUCUCAGCUACGUUGGUACUAAGCAAAAUGAUUCCGCAAUUUGUACUAUACACAACAGUUCCGUUAUAGUCUGUGCUAUCGGUAAUCCAUUCAAGAACAACAAGUCCGUGUCCAUUCAAGUGAGAUUCGAUCCAAAAUAUUUGGAAGACGACGAAGGCAAGAUUGGAUUUACUGCCUUUGUCAACUCCACCUCGAAGGAAAUCAGUGUCAAAAAACCGAUACGCUUGCAAGCUACAGUCUUGAGACGAGCGGAGAUGUCUAUUAAAGGGAGUGCCAAAGUUGCGUGGUCCACUUACGGUGGUCCGAUUAUCGGUGAAUCUGCGGUUAAAAAGUUGGUCGAUGUAGGUCCUAAAGUAGUUCACGUUUAUCAAGUAUUCAAUGACGGUCCAUGGAAAGUCAACUCUUUGGACGUCGUUAUAUCGUGGCCGUACGAAGUCGCCAAUGACAAGCCCCACGGAAAAUGGUUGCUAUAUUUAGAAGAAACGCCAAUGAUGCAGGAUGGUACCGAAUGUCAAGUGCCACAGGGUUAUGUCAAUCCGCUAAAUCUACUAGGUAGUUUAGGAAUGGAAGAUAUUGAUCCAUUAUUUCCAGCCAAGCCAAGCUCAUCUAUUGAAUCUAAUCAAACAAAUCAUAUGAGGAGGAGACGAGAUACCGAGAAAGUUGUCACAACCAAAAUUAUAAUCGAUAAAGAUGGCCACAAAAAAGCCGUCGUUUCAAUGAACUGUCGAGCAGGCACAGCGAAGUGUUUUAAAAUGACAUGUUCUAUUCGCAACCUUCAAAAGAAGGAAGCAGCUACUAUCAUAAUUAAAGCAAGAUUGUGGAACUCAACAUUGGCGGAAGAUUAUCCGAAGGUUGACAGAGUAAAUAUCGGUUCGAGCGCUGAAAUUAUUAUUCCUUCGACUGUCGUCAUACAGCAGACUAAUUUAACAGAUGAUCUUGCAGAGGCUAUCACGAUAGUCAGUCCAGAUUCACUUGAUAAACAAGAACCCGAGAGAGUACCUAUUUGGAUAAUAAUUGUAGCCGCGGUAGCUGGUCUACUACUCCUAAUUUUUCUUACAUUGAUCUUGUGGAAACUUGGUUUCUUCAAUCGAAGAAGGCCCGAUCACACGUUAUCCGGUAAUUUACAAAAGCAUCGUGAUGAAAAUCCCGAAAAUGAGGCUCUGGUCAAACACUCCACAAAUAUACACUGACAUUUGGCACGAAUUAUAUUCAAGACAGCUGAGUUGAUGUUUCGUUUGUGAUAAAUUAUGAUCACUUUUGUAUCACCGAAAUACCGUACAAAAGUUUUCAUUAAACGCCCAUCAACAUUUAAUCAACUGUUUGAUUAAACUCGAUGCUCAAAAAAACAAUGUCUCGAAAAUUAGAACUUUGUAAAAAUUCUUCCCAUGGAUGCGGGUAUAAAUCAUAAUAUACUCAGACACUGGUGACUAAAACAGCAAUUUAUGGUACUUAAAAUCUCAUGCGGAGAUCUAUGCAUCCAAUAUACGAAAUGCUAAUAGAUGGGAAUUAUAAUUGAUACGGAUGAGGGUCGUUUCGUGUGACUCUUAAAGAGAUGCCAAUUAAGACGUGGCGUUGUCACGACGUCCACGCUGUACUAUAGUACAAAAGGUUAAAAAGCUAUUAACCGUGGAAAUAAAUACACACGCACGAAAAGAGAAAGACAACACGACAUUCGUGAAUGCUUUCUUCAAACGAUUGCACACACUAUAUUAACCGUCAUGUAUGAGAUGUGAUAUUUAUUUUUUAUCACUUAUUUUCGUCGUUAUUUUUUUUCGAAACAACGAUCGUUCUUAAAUUUUUAAUUACCGUAUGAAUGUAUUUUUUUAAAACUUCUUUACAUUUCACUAUAUCCUUUUUAACUUUCAUUAUUUUACGUAAUCUGUACAUUUUUAACGGGUGUUUGUUACUUUUAAAAUAUUUUGUUAUCAAAUUAAUAAUUAUUGGUUUUUUUACACAAAGAGAAACUAAACUCAUUCACGCGUAUAAUAGUAAAAUGACUAUUAUGUAUAGUGCUAAUACAUUGAUUUGCAUUGUAAGACUGAUAAGCGUUCAAUCAACUUAAUGCAGACAUUUUAAUGUCUUCAUGAAAGUCUGUGCAAUAUACGGUUUUUCAGAAGAUUUUUUAAAUAAGGACGAUUAAGUCAAUAAAUUUAAAAAUGUCAGUAAAUUAUUGACGAAAAAAUAAGUGAAAUGUAAAGAAUUCCCGUCAGGAAUUGACCAAACUUUCAGCUGUCUCCGUCACGCUUUUUAUAAAUGAGACAGUCAGUUUGCAAAAACUUCAUAUAAGUCAUUAUAUAAAGUUCUUUGAUUAGGAUUUGAAGUGAGUGGAAUUGUUAGUUACACCAAGCAGUAGCCAACCCUCUGUAUAUGCUGUAAUUUAUAAAACUAACGUAGUUUAAGUGAUAUUUAAUGUCAUUUUAAUUUUAUUACAAACAAAUAAGCGUAUUAUAUACUACUAUUCCAAGUCGCGUUCUCUCAACGAAAACUCGUACAAAUGGCAGCAUUACUUUGUUUUUAUUAUUAAAAAAAUUCUUUUUUUUCUGUUUUUUUGUUAGAUCGUGCGAAAAAUAAAGAGUGCUUAUUAUGCGUAUACCCUCGAUAUCAAGUGAUAAAUUAUUAUAAUUAUUUUUUAAUAGACAAUAAUAGUCGACAAUUUCUAGGCACUUGAUAUGUAUGCAUUUACAAAAAGCAUAAAAAACUUAUUAGAAUACCUCUUCAGGUAUGCUUAGCGAAACGAUUGCAGUACUUAAAACGAUGUGUCAAAAAGAAGAUAUCUUCAAAAUAAUAAAAUAAAAUAAAAUGCAACUAAUGUGGAAUAUUGUUAACUCUUCAGAAAUAUCGAAUUUAUGUACUGUUAUAAGCGUUUAAAGUCAUAUAUUUUUACUUUCUAUCGAAACAUUCCCAAUCGCAGCUUCCAAAAUGCUUUACUAGAUUUUUUUAAUCCCUUGAUGUUUCGUUUAUUAAAUUUGGCUAUUUUUUUUCUACGACAAUAUUAACGCAGUCUUUUAACGACGAGUGCUCACUGCCUCAAAAAAUGUACUCUGUCAAGUGGCACAUCAACAACUCGACAUAAGGUACUCCUGAAAGGUGCUACCUUUUAUGCAAAUGAAACUUAUGUAUAUUAUUAUCAU